AUGUUAUAAUUACUUUGCUAAAAACAAAAUGUAUUUAUAAACAAGAGUGGCAGCUAAUUUUAUGCAAAUUAUUUAAUAAAUUUGUUAGCCAAGGUAAGAAGAAUCUAUUAGUGAUUUUGAUUUUUAAAAUUUAUUGAUUUAGAAUAGGGAGCAUUUGCUUAAUUGAAAAGAUUGCGAUUCAAAAGUAAAACUCUGCAUUUGGAAAAAUGGAAAAACUAUGCAACAUAACAAAUUGAAGUUAUAAAUUAAUAGAUGUUUAACAAAGUUUUAAAUGAAUUUGAAAUUAAUCAUUUCUUUAACAUUUAUCAAAAAGUUUUGUAAAUUUUAUGUUUGGCAAGAAUUAAUUCAAAAAAAAUUAUUCUUCCAAUUUUAUGGAUAAGAGGAUUGAAGUUUGUAAAGUUAAUUUAGAAAACUUUUGCAAUUAGUCUCAAAUUUCCUGUUAGUACAUUAGAGGCGCAUUUUAAAUUAUCUAGAAAAUUCUUAAAACCUUACAAUCAUUUUAUAUGUUAUGACAAUUUAAAAACCAAUACAUAUUAUGACAUUAUUACAAUAAAAAGAAAUUUAUAUAAGAAAGCUAUCAGGAAUGCUCAGGCAUUUAUCUGA